AUGGAUGAAACAGACAAAUUUCUACCAGAUUUAUGUAAUAAAUUAGUUAAUACGCAUAAUUAUUAUAUAGAUAAAACAACUUUAUAUGUAAAAACAAGAUGGAUAGUUUUACUUGGCUUUUUUAUUUUAUACAUACUUAGGGUGUACUAUGUGACAGGUUUUUAUGUUGUAUCAUACGCAUUAUCAAUUUUCUUAUUAAAUUUGUUUUUAAGAUUUUUAACACCACAUAAUAUCGAAGAAAUAUAUGAACAAUAUGAAAAUGAAAAUAACGGCUUAUUACUACCUAUGAAACAAACAAAUGAGCAAAAAAAUGAAAAUAAUUCAGAUGAUAAAAAAGAAUUUAGACCCUUUUUAAGAAAAUUAGACGAAUUCAAAUUUUGGUUAUAUUCCUCUAGAGCUGUAUUGAUAUCAAUAUUUUGCACGUUUUUUCCAUUUCUGGACAUACCAGUAUUCUGGCCUCUAUUACUUUUUUACUUUAUAUGUUUAUUUUUGGCAACUAUGAAACAACAAAUAAAAAAUAUGAUAAAGUUUAAAUAUUUACCUUUUAAUACAUCUUCUAAGCAGACAUAUGGUUCUGUUGCUCGUGGAAAUAAAAUUAGCAGAUAA